AUGGAGCGAGCACACUCUCUACUUACCAGCACGACACGAUCCAUCAGCAGCAGCCGGUCCAGCACCCGUUCAUCCCGCUCAAAUUCAUUAUUUCAGUCAACCCCAGGACAGGAGAAGGGGGAGUUCUUUCUCCCCGCACCAGUCACUACGAUCCCACAACCGAAACUCCGGGUGCGCGCGAUACUAGGCCAUUGCCUGUAUCGCAGGGUUGUGAUAUGGACGGUGACAAUUUCCAUGCUGAUCGCGCUCGCGUAUCUGAAUACGCCGCUAUACACCCGAGAUGGAAAGAUUCUAGGAGAUGAUUACAGAAUAGGCGGGGUGGGCGGUGACUCCCAGAAGCAGGGAAGGCCGGUACCGCCUGAGGAAGACCUCGUUCUCGACAGUGACAUGCCGUCAUGGCUCAAAUUCAAGCACCUCAAUGGCUACUUCAACGGUCUGAAGUCGAUCGUAGCUAUCGCCAACCACACACCUGAAUAUCCCAACAAUUCAUUCCCGGCACCGGUUACGACCGUGCCUAUUUACCAUGAUACCCCUCCUACACCCACCCCUUACGUGGCUCAUCCAGAUUACACAUCUACCGAUUACCAAAGAGACUUUCACCCCGUCACAGAAUGCUUCAUCGACGAGGAAGACAAGAUUGCCGUACCCGACAUUUUCGCCUUUGAAGGUGUUCCCCAACAUCAGCCUGACCCGGCCAUUGGCUCCCACACCGUACUGGGCCUCCGUAACGAUGUUUGCUUCGAUCGAUUCGGCCGCUACGGGCCUUACGGACUCGGCUACGACAUGCGCGAGGGAGGCACCUCUCAGGGUCAGGAUACGGAGCAGGAGGGAGCCGAAAUCGUUUGGAACAAAACCGGCAAGAUUGAUUACAGCCGGGUUGAUUGGGGCGUCGCACAAGAUCGCUGUGUCGAACGCAACAGCGCCCGCUUCAGCAAUGGCACCAAUCAAAGCAAAAUGGACCCGAUCUAUGGCGAGCCCGAGACCAAGGAGACUGGGUUGAGGCAGAUUGGCCGUAUUGCUGUCGUCGUCCGUACCUACGUCGGGUUUGAAUGGACACAGCACGCCAUCAUCAACUUCCGUGCCAUGAUCUCCGAGCUUUCUCUCAAGUCUGGCGGCGAGUAUAGCGUUCACUUCCUUCUCCACGUGAAGGAUAACGAGGCUCCCAUCUGGUCGGAUCCGUCAGUGGUACAGAGCAUUCUCGAUGCUAAUGUUCCCACCGAAUUUCACUCGCUCUGCACUCUAUGGUCAGAAGCCGAGAUGAAACUCUAUUAUCCGGGCCAUUUCGCUGACGCCAUCGAAAACCCUUCGAACGGAGACAUUCACGGAGUCUACCGCAGCGCACAGAUGCCCCUACAGGUAUUUGCCCUCCAGCACCCCGAAUACGCCCAUUUCUGGAACUGGGAGAUGGACAUGCGCUACAUUGGCUCUUACUAUGAACUUCUUGAUCGCCUCGGAUCUUGGGCCAAGCAACAGACUCGGACCCUUCUCUGGGAGCGGUCCUCUAAGUAUUACAUCCCCGCCGAGCACGGCUCUUGGGAUGAAUUCGCCAGCGUCGUUGAAAGAGAACUCAACGCAUCAGGUCGCCGCGCCAUUUUGGGCCCCCAAAUCUUCCCGGGCCGUAUGUCGCUGAAGAGCGAAGAGGCUGGCGCCUCCAUUCUUCCUGCUUCAUGUGCCCGUGGUGGCGACCCUAACGAGUGCGGUGUCGGCGAGGAAGCCGACCUCAUCACCCUGAAUCCCCUCUUCGACGCCGACGAGUCAGGCUGGGUUUUCGCCAAGGACGUAACCGGCUACGAAAUGGUCUUUGCUCCGCCACCACGCCGAUGCUCCAUUGUCACGGCCUCGCGACUAUCUCGCCGGCUCCUGGCCGCUAUGCACGAAGAGAUGUGGCGCCUGCAUCACAGCAUGUUCUCGGAGAUGUUUCCCGCCAGCAUGGCUCUCCACCAUGGCUUUAAGGCGGCAUAUGCACCUCACCCGGUAUUCCUGGACAGAGCAUGGUAUCCCUUCAAUACCAUCGAAAAGGCCUUCAACGGCGGCCGCGAUGGCACAACGGGAGGUCACGGCAGCCCCUUUGACAUCAGGAACGAGCAUAAUCACAAGGGUACCAGCUGGUACUACAAUUCUGAGUUUGCUGGUCUACUCUGGCGUCGAUGGCUCGGCUACGCCCAAAUGGACGGCCGCGGCGGCAAUGGUGGUCGAGCAGGCGAGGGCACAUCACGCGGAGGCAAAGAUGAGGAGGCCAGCAAGGACAGCUCUGGACGAUUGUGUAUGCGCAGCAUGCUCCUUCACCCGAUUAAGUGGGAGAACCCGAUUGAGAGAAAUUGA